UAGACGGCUAGAUCCCCAGCCUAGCGACUAGCCAGCUAGCCCCGUCAAUCAAUGUCCCGAAUCCCAAACCCUACCGGUUAUUCAAAUUUUUUUCUCGCAAUCGCACCGCGUCUCUCUUCCCCGGUUCCUCCGGUCUUCUCUGACCUCUGACUCCGCGCCCACGCCCCACUGCCACUGCCAGCCAGCUAGCUCCACCGCCCCGAUCUGGCCGCCCGCCGCGGCUCCCGCGCCCGGCCAGAACCCUAGAGCUCGCCGCCGCCAGCGCAUGGAUCCCGCCUCCUCUUCCGUCGCCGCCGAGCUCUGGCGACCGCCGCACCACUACCUCGCCUCCGGGCCCCACCACGAGGCCUCCUCCGUCGUCACCACCGCCGACCGGGGCAACGGCGGCCACUCCGGCGGCGGCUCCAGUCGCAGGAGGCCGCGGCGGGACACGCCGGCCGAGGAGGAGCCGUCCAAGUUCGCCUCCACCUCCGGCGCCGCCGCCGGUAGCGGCAGCGGCGGCCAGGACUCGGCUGACCCAGAAGCAAAACGUUUGAAGCAGAUGACAUCUAGUAAAAGUAAUGAUAAAAUAAGGACAGAAGCUGAAACAAAUUCAGGGAAUGCUACUGUUGAGAAAAAACAUGCACCUCCAGAGCCACCGAAACAAGACUACAUCCAUGUGAGGGCUAGAAGAGGUCAAGCAACGGACAGCCAUAGCCUUGCAGAAAGAGCACGACGAGAGAAGAUAAGUGAACGGAUGAAAGUUCUUCAAGAUCUUGUCCCUGGAUGCAAUAAGGUUAUUGGGAAAGCAUCAGUCCUUGAUGAGAUAAUAAAUUAUAUCCAAUCUCUACAGCGUCAAGUUGAGUUUUUGUCCAUGAAGCUUGAAGCGGUUAAUGCCCAUAUGAACAAUGCAACUGCAUCUUUUCCAUCUAAAGAUAUAAGUUUAUUCAUGAAUAAUUAAACCAGAGCUUCCACUUCCAGGAUCCUUGAUAUAAAAAAAAAAGUUUGGUGCUCCAGCUCCACCAUAUAAUACGGCUCCUGGUCUGACAUUCGAUCCACAAACACCAAGGGAAUACCCCCAGGCCUUGACAUCGGACUGGCUUCACAUGCAGAUUGGCAGUGCAUAUGAAAGAGCGACAUGAAUAAAACAAGGAAAUCGACAAAACAAAAUUCCUUCUGGUAGCUAAUAAAUAGUACCAGGAUCAAUCAAGGUCCACGGUGCUAGGUUUAAUUCUUUUUCCUGGUUAUCAUGUCUCCAAAGUUCUUUUAUUCCUAAUUUGGGGGCAUAGUGCCGUAGAUGCAUUCCACGUUCGUCCAGGAGCAAGCACUGUCUUUCAUUGCUUCCAUCUGCUUCUGUGUACGGAUUUUGCAACAAUGCAUGUAUGACGUAUCCCGGAAAAUUUUUGUAGCUCAGAAUGGUACGAGAAAAGAUGAAAAUUCUGUUGUA